AUGCCGCCCGUCUAUAGGCUGGCCGCACCUUGGCCCCGCCCCUUGCCCCGCCCCGCGCGUCGCACGCGCACCCUGCUCUCCACGCUCCUAUACUUCACCUUCCUUACAGGCUUCCCCUUCUCGCGCGGUUCCGAGUGGUCGAGCUCGGAGCGAGCCUCCCCGGCGCCGGCGGACGCGGCCGACGCGAUCCGCGACGCGCCGCUCUACCCAGUGCUCUCCGACACGACCGACACGAACGAUACGCCCGACACGACCGAUGCGACCGACGCGACUAUCACGCCCGCUGCGACCGACACUGAGGUCGAACCUGCCACUGGUUUAGAAACUCACGAUGUGAGGACCAAACGCAGUAGCGGACAGGACUGGGAGCGGGCACCCAAGACAAGCAGUGGCUCCCGUCGCGUGAAGACAGGCGACACGAUCCUGAACAUCCGCGGUGCGGUGCGCGACGCUAUCGGAGACGCGGGCGCCGCGCCCGGGCCGCGCGCCUCCUCGCGCCUCGACACCUUCGUGAUCCGACCCGCCGCGCAGCCACCGCGCAAGCCGCAGCAAGACCAGCCCGCGCCGCACCACACACAACAGGUACCAAAAUUCGAGCGCGAGCUUCUGGUGGAAGCGCACGCCCGCGCGCGCAUCGAGUGUGACGUCAGCAACUCCAGCGACGUGCGGUGGUACAAGGACGGGGAGCCGCUGAGCCUGCGUGGCGGGGUCGCGGGGGGCGCGGGGGGCGAGGGCGUGUGGCGCGACGGUGGCGCCGUGGUGGUGGGGCGCGCCACGCGGGGUGACGCUGCCGCCUGGCGCUGCACGCACAACGACCACAACGGCAACACCGUGUCCGGGAAACCUAUCAACCUGCUUAUCUAUGAGCCGGUGCGGUCGGUGUACCUGGCGGUGGACGGGCGGCGGCUGGACGCGGGCAACACGUGGGUGCCGGUGCGCGACAAGACCGAGCUCGAGGUGCGCUGCGUGGCUGAAGGUGGUGUGCCUCCACCGGAACUAUCCUGGCGACUCCUGGCGCUGGAGCCGGCGCUCGACCACCGCCCUUACCUCCGCAUACACCACACCAAUUACUCCAUCGAAGGCGUAUCGGUAUCGCACGCGGUGGUGACGGCGGCUCGCGAGCUGCACAACGCCACGCUGCAGUGCGACGCGCGCCAGCGCACGCCCGCCAGCGUCGCGGGGCCCGCCGCGGCCCCCGCGCCCCCCGCGCCCCCCGCCAGCACCCCGCCCCCGCAUCUCAUGUCUGCCAAGCUGGAGAUACACGUUACCUAUCCUCCAUCGUUCGUGAUCUCUCGCUGGCCGGGGUUCGGCGUGGCGCUGGCGGCGGGCGGCGCGGCGGCGCUGCGCUGUGACGUCGACGCCAACCCGCCCGCGCGCGCCUGGUGGCUGCGUGACGAUGCUAACCCUACCAGCUCGCCGCCCCCGCUGGAGGCCGGCGACGAGGGCGCGCGCGGCUCAGCCACGCUCCGCUGGGGCGCCCUGCGCGCCGCGCACGCCGGCUGGUACCGGUGCCGCGCCACCUGGCUCGACACCGACUACUCCUCCAUCGGGUACUACCUUAAUGUUAUGACUCCGGAAGCUAACACGGAGCCGGCACCAGAGCCGGAGGCCGAGGCGGAGGAGCCGGACCACCAGAAGGUGGAGGUGCCGCUCGGCGGGAACGUACAGCUACACUGCCCGAAAGGCAGCGUGGGAUGCUGGUGGCGGCGCGUGGUGGGCAACUCCAGCGAGUCGUGGGCGCCCGCCGGCUCGCAUCACGCACACGGCGUGUUGGGCAUAAAGGACGCGUUAUACCAAGAAGGCGGCGAGUACCGGUGUGUGGGGGCGCGCGCGCCGGACCUCAUGCGGCUCAGAGAGCUCAAGCGAGUCACGCUAAAAGUUACCGGUGGCGCGACGGCGACAGCGCUGAGUGCGGAGCCGGCGGCGGGCGGGUGGCGGCUGGAGUGCGGCGCGUGCGGGCGCGGCGUGCGCGUGCGGUGGCUGCGCGCGGGGGGCGCGGGGGGCGUGGGGCUGGCGGGCGAGGGCGCGCUGGCACCCGACCUAGCGCAGCACUGCUGGCGCGCCGUGCUGCACGUGGCCGAGCCCGACGAGGUGUGGUGCGUGGCCGCGGCCGGCAGCUCGGGCGCGGUGGCCGUGUUCCCGCGCCGCGCCGCGCCCCCCUCGCCCGCGCCCGCCCGACACACGGUCCGCGCGCUGCACAACCACGCGCCCAACGCGCCCCCUACACUAUCCACCGCGCUGCUGAUGCUCGCGGCUACAACAAUCGCAGUCCGCGCGUAGGACAAAGACUGAACGCAGCGUGAUGGGAGAAUCUCCACGAGUUUUCUUGUUCUGCAACUCUAAUGGCAUCGCCUUGCGUUACGCAAACCAAAAGUACAAAUCAGUCGUAGAGCGUGAAAUUGUCUUCAGUAGAUUGCUUUCUGAUAUCAUUGAAUAGAAAGUUAGAGAAAGUUAAAGAGCAAAAACUUGGAUCAGAACAGUUGCAGAACAAGAAAUAUGAAAAAAGUGUUGUCAAGCAAGUUUCUUCUGGAUCUCAUCAUGAUCAAGCUGGACAUUACGUGUGGAGUGGUGUCGCGGACACAAGUGAUGUGUAGUGGUGUGUGGUGUAAGUGGUGGUGGUACAAACUCAAGCAUUCGCAGGAAUGCGUUGUUACUCGUCCAAGACGAGCUGACUUGUAAGUCUAUCUCCUACUCUAGUCUUCGUAGCUACCUUCUGUAUGACGUGUCUAUCGGUUACUCUAGCGUGUCUGUACUCGUGUGUAUCUAGCGGCGCGCGGCCGCGCUCGCGUGACGUCACGCGCGCUCGCGGCCGCGCGCCCGAGGCCUAACCCUUGUAUCCCCUUCGUUCUCUUCUCUCCAACUUCCUGUCCUCUUAUUUUCUAACGUAAUAUAAACAGGAAACGAAUGUGCCAAAUUGUUGAUAUUUUAAUAUUAAAAAAAUAGAUUUUUCUUAUAUUGAUUAUUAUAAAUAUAUGGUCGAUUAUUACGUUUUGUUCGUAUUUUAUAAAGGAAAGUGAAUAAAUCGUGCAAUGUGAACACCAAAAGAUAAAGAUAUAAUGUUAAUGUUAAGUGAGAGUAAGCUCAUGUGCUAGUUGUCAAGCAAUACGAGGCGCGGAGCUGACGUCACGCGUGCCGCCGCCGGCCGAGUCAAGCUCAGCUCGCAGGAGCAUUGCGCGCUGAGUGGGAGGAACGCCGAGUGCUCCUCGGUCGUGUGCAGCAAUGUAUAGCAAUAAAUAUAAAAAGUGGUGGAAGCGGGCUGGGCGGUAACGUCAGCGCCGCGCCCGGGUCCAGGCUAGCAGAUAACUAUAAUAUAUUUUAUAUAGAUGUCAAAUUCUUAAAGUAUAAUACGUAUGUAUCAUAGCUUAAACUGAAUCAUGUAAAUUUCGAUGUCAAUUUUAGUCGUCCGUUUAGAUCGGACGUUUUUUGUAUGGACAAGAUACUAAUAAUAUUUGCUACCACAAUUUUUGCAACAAUCUCGUAGAGUAAGGGGUUUUGAUCAAAUGUUCGAAGUUGGUAUUGGUGUUGGUCUGUUGGGUUCGUUUCGUUUCUUCUGAUACUCGACGCUGUCUCUAUGUGUAGCCCGAAUUAUAAGGUGAGUAUGUGUGUGUGAGACCUGCCGUCCACACACACGCACACACACUGUGUAUAAGUUAGUCUGGUUGUUAAGAUUGUGCUAGUGAGAGGCGCGGGCGCAGGCGCCGGCCGCGCGUCAGUCUGAGAGUUUAUCCAGUAACCACUGUCGUUAGUUUGUUAGCCGUAGCGAGAUGUAUUUUUGUAUGUCUGAGCGUUUAUCGUCAAUUGGACAAUGAGUUUGGAAAAGAUAAUGUAAUUCUAAUUAAUAUAUUGUGGCUUUGUUUGUAUCUGGCGGGUGACCUACAAACACAUCUACAUCUUUAUGAGCAUCAAUUAUUUUGACGAUUAUUUGCGGAAAACCAACGAAAAAUGUUUUAAUUUGCGAGUAUUUUUUCCGUGUUGAUCUAAUGAUUCAGUGUACUCCAAACUUUUCAAAAUAUCUAACUCAUCACUCUACUAUUGUCUCCCGCCAGAUAUGAAUGAAGCCAAAACAAAAAGUCGUUGUUUCGUUCGUACCUGGAUGAUGUUAUAAUGAUCCGUCCAUGCGGAAUUCGAUGUAGUUAGUUAAGGAGCUACGUAGAACCUCUGUGUCCCUUCUCCUGCCAUUUCUGUCGUGUCUAGCUCGCUGGCUAUCAACACAAAUUCAUGCACAGAAGGAUUACACCUCACAAUAUCUCGACAGUCUUCUGUUUAGUCAGUUUGUUUCGUUUGACGACGCAGCUGUCUGUUGCUAGGUGUUCUCAUGGGUGGUCCUUCUGUAUGUGCUUGUUGUGUGGUAUCAUUCUGUAGGAUGUCGUCUGUUGUCACUGUUUUGGAGUCUCUUGGUCCUUCGCACCCCUCUCUCUGUCCUCGUGGUGUAUGUUGGCGGUCCUCCGGGCCCCGGUAGUUGUUUGGUUGUCAUUUGUUUAGUUGUUCGCUCCGCGGCCCCCGCACCUCGUGCCCGCGCCCGCGCCGGCCGGACUGCGACGCGAGCGGACAUUGUUCAAUUAAACACAUAUUUCCAUGACAAGAUUAGCUAUCAAAUAGUUAAUUUGGAAGACUGGUUGCACGUACGUUUACAAGACACUUACUAUUAGCAAUGAUUUGCUACGGGCUAUCUAUAUUGUUCGCUCGCGUCGCCCGUGUCGCCCGCUCCAGCCGGCGCGCUCGCGACACGCCUCUAUUCGUACUUAGCGUCCAUUCGAUACUUCUGUGUCGCAUCUCGGUGCCAACAUAAUUUAAUAGAUCAUAAUGAUAUAUAUUUACAUUUUAUUAUAUACAUUGUAUUGUUUACUUUGAUAUUGAAUGUACAGAAUCCAUAUAUUCAUCGCCAUGUGUUUAUGGAAAUCGUAUACCGGAUAAAAUAAACGAUAAAAUAUA